AUGCCUUCUCCACCUACGAGAGCCCCAAAGCCCAGCACGUCUCCGGCACCCACUGGACCCCCGAUGCCUGCAGCGUCUCCCAAGCCUCCCGCCUCCUUGAAGACCCCCAAAUCGGCAGCGCCCAACAACCCCUCGGCAUCCACCAAACCGUCCACAGCCCCCAACUCGGUCACAAGCCCAAGCAGUUCCAAAUCUCCCAAAUGGGCGAAGACCAAGACAGCCCCUUCUAACCAGCCCAGCCACAAGUCGCGAGUCCACAGCCAGGCACGCACGCCCAGCAAAGCCAGCACCGACACCCGGGCCAGCACUGACACCAGGGUCAGCAAGACCAGCAAGGCCAGCGGGGUAAGACGCCCCCAGCACCGAGGCACCCGCAGCCGGGGCAGAACUCCCGGCAGAAAGGGAAGCCGCAGCUCCAAGCGGUCAGCCAACAGGGCCAGCACGCCAAGCAGGAUAAGAACUCACGGUGCCAGACCAAGCAUGCCCAGCAAGGUGAGAACGCCUACUUCCCAGCAAAAACAGGGUAGGGGGAAGAGUUACAGCCGCCCUAGAACCAGCAACCAGGAAAGGAGUGAGAGCCACCCUGGAAGUGUGAGCCGAAAGAAGAGCUACAGCCCCCCAGGAGCCUCUGAUAUGGGUAAGAGUUCCAGCCCGGCUGCAACCUCCAGCAGGGCAAAGAGUUACAGCCCCACUCGAACUCCCUUAGAGGAGACAGGUUACAGCCAGUCUCCAUCAUCGUCGCGGAGGGUGAAGAGUUACAGUCAGAUGAUUACCCCCAGCAGGGAAUGGAGUUUCAGCCCGACUGAAGCGUUCAGCAGGGUCGAGAGUUACAACCAGGGUAGUAUGCCCAGCCGGCCCCAAAGUCACAGCGGGUCUAGCAGCCCCAGCCGACCCCAAAGUCACAGCCGGUCUAGAACGCCCAGAAGGGCAAGAAGUCACAGUCGGGAGAGGGCCCACAGCAGGGUGAGAAGUCACAGUUGGAAGAGAAAUCACAGCAGGGCAAGAAGUCGUACCCGGAAGGGAACUCCCAGUCAGAUGGGAAGACAAAGUCAGUCAAGAAUCCACAGCAAGGGGAAAAAUUAUAGCCAAUCUAGAACCCCCAGAAAGGAAAGAAGUCACAGCCAGUCUAGAAGUCACAGCAAGGAGAGCGGUUACAGGCGAGCUAGAACCCACAGCAAGGAGAGAGGUCGCAUAUGGUCUAGAACCCCCAGCAAAGAAAGAGACCACAGCCGAUCUAGGACCCCCAGUAAAGAGAGAGACCACAGUCGAUCCAGAACCCCCAGCAAGGAGAGAUAUUACAGCCGAUCUAGAACACCCAGAAGAGAGAGAGAUCACAGACGAUCUCGAACCUCCAGCAGGGGGAGAGAUCACAGCCAACCUAGACCCUCCAGCAAGGAGAGAGAUCACAGCCAAACUAGAACCUCCAAUAAAGAGCGAGAUCACAGACGAUCUCGAACCUCCAGCAAGGAGAGAGAUCACAGCCAAACUAGAACCUCCAGAAAAGAGAGAGAUCACAGACGAUCUCGAACCUCCAGCAAGGGGAGAGAUCACAGCCAACCUAGAACCUCCAAUAAAGAGAGAGAUCACAGCCAAACUAGAACCCCCAGCAAGGAGAGAGAUCACAGCCAAACUAGAACCUCCAGAAAAGAGAGAGAUCACAGACGAUCUCGAACCUCCAGCAAGGGGAGAGAUCAUGGCCGAUCUAGAACUCCCGGAAAGAAGAGAGACCACAGCCAAACCAGAACGUCCAACCAAGAAAGUGACCCCAACAAGGAGAGCAAUUCCAGCCAAUCUACAACCCCCACCAGUCUCAGCAGGAAGGGAUCCCCUAGCAGAGCACAGAGUCCUAAUGGGAAGAGAACACCUAGUGAGACAAGGAACCACUCACAGUCAAGAUUUCUUAGCAGAGCCCCAGUCCCAAACCAGGAUGAUACACAAGCCGACACUACCGCCUCUAAGGCCGUCUCACCUGGAGAAAGGUCCUCAUCAUCUUCUUCCAAGCUGGCGUAG